AUGUCUGUUUCUACCUUCGUUUACUGCCCAGUGUUUGUGCCCUGCUCAGACAUGACUGAGGUGAUGAUCAGCAGCUCCCCCAUGGACGACAUCAGGCUGAGCCCCAGCAAAGACAGUCUCGCCUACCAGAUCUUUCCAGACCCAUCGGACUUCGAGCGCUGCUGUAAGCUGAAGGACCGGCUGCCGUCCAUCGUGGUGGAGCCCACAGAGGGAGAGGUGGAGAGCGGCGAGCUGAGGUGGCCCCCGGAGGACUGUCUGGUCAGCGAGGAAGAAGAAGAGGAGGAAGAGGAAGCACACGCACACACCAAUGGCAGCCUGCAAAACGGACAAACCACACAAAUCUCCCAGCACUAG